UGUUCCAUCACAAUUGGCCACAUCUGGAAGGGGCAGCCUCUCUAUCGAAGCUGUACACACGACAAUGGACGAGCAGGAGCACCGCCGCAAGGUCGAGGCUGUGUUCCGGAAGCAUGAUGCCGACAACUCAGGAACCAUUGACGGGUCCGAGUUGGUGACCGCGCUACGUGCGCUAAACGCUCUGCCCGAUGGUAGUCCCGAAGCCCAGCGCAAAUUCGUCGACGAUUUGUUAGCGCGUGUGGAGCCGGACGACGACGACGCGUCGUCUCUCACGCUCAGCGAGUUUCAGAAGCUCUUCGACCUCGGCCGGGUGCGCGCUGCGUUCCACGCCGUGGACACGGACGGAAGCGGGAAUGCCACGGCCGCCGAAGUCGCCGCUAUGCUGCGGCGCCUCGGCGUGCCCGGGGCAUCGCUCGCAGACGCGAAGAAGUUCAUCGCGCGUGUCGACACGUCCGGCGAUGGCACCAUAGAUCUCGUAGAGUUCGAACGGGCCUUCGAAUUCGUGCCGCUGGCGUCGCUCCAAGCCGUGGCAGCGCGCUGGGCGGCCCUCGGAGCGCUGCCGGAGUGCGGCGGCGGAGACCUCGGGUCCGCGACCGUACCGGUACCGGGACUUAGAACAUGGCAGACCGUGAUGGCGGGCGGCAUCGGCGGGGUCGCGAGCAAAUCCGUCGUCGCGCCGCUAGAACGCGUACGCCUCGCGCAGCAGACGGGCAAGGCGGAGGGCCUCGGGCUUUUCGGUCUCAUGCGGAGCAUCGUGGCGGCGGAGGGCUGGCGCGGCCUCUGGGCGGGAAAUGGAACCGCCUGCAUACGUGUAUUCCCCACGGGCGCUAUCACCUGCACGAGCUACGUGAACCUCCUGCAGCUCACGCCGGCCGACGACGAAAUCGACGCAAUGGAGCCGGUGUAUCGCGGCGGCGCCGCAGCCGCGGCAGCACUCAUCGGACAAGUCUCGACGUACCCGAUCGAGGUGGUGCGCGCUCGGGUGACGGUCUCUGGCGCGCCUGUGAUGAAAGUCGUGCGCGAGGUGGCGGCCGAGGGCGGAUUCAAGUCGUUUUACGGCGGCCUGGCUCCGACGCUCGCGGCGGUCGUGCCCUUCGUUGCCGUUCAAAAUGCCUCGAUUGAUCUGGGCCGGCACUCGACGGGCCACGGAGCCGGUGGCGCCCCCUCGUACGUGCACCUCUGGCUGGUGGGUGCGUUCGCGGGCUGCAGCGCGCAAACCUUUACCUACCCGCUGGACGUGCUCCGGCGGCGACUGCAAGUGGGCGCGCUCGCCGACGAGGUCGCGCGGGGCGGCUGGGUCUCUGCGGCGCGGGGCGUCGUGCGGAGGGAGGGCUUCGGCUCGCUCUUCGCCGGCAUCGGCGCGACGUAUUUGAAAUCCGUACCAUCGGUUGCGACGAUCGCCACUGUCUGCGUCUCGAUGAACCAGUAUUUCGCUCAAAAGAACAAGACCGAGCACGAAGCGAAGGUCAUGCGCGGGGAUCAUCUCAAUGUGUAAUG